CAGAGAUCCUCGAGCGCAGACACACCGAUUCACAGAAGGGAAGAAAUGAGAAAACGUGGGAAAGGGCUUAAUUUACCUGUCGGGAGCCUUGGGGUGAAUGAGCCGACUAUUACAGGCAUGACGGACACCGUCGUGAGCCGGCGCUCGGACCAGUGGGUCAGCCUCGACGACAGACAGAUGGGGAGGCACGGGAGUGAUAAGGACCAGGCCGGUCGGACGAUGCAGUCGACCCCCUGCAAUGGACCCCAGGCGGAGGAGCUGACGGACGAGGAGAAGGAGAUCAUCAACGGCGUUAUCGCCCGGGCGCAGCAGAUGGAGGCUGCGGAACAGGACAGGAUAGGGCGGCUAAUGAACCGGCUGGAUGACAUGAAGCGGACGGCCCGCGGGGACGGUGUCUCCUGCUGCCUGCUUUGCGGGGAGCGGCUGAACGCACUGGGGGUCAGCGCAGUGGUCUGUGAGGAUUGCAAGAAGAACAUGUGCACCAGCUGCGGGGUUCAGAAGAACAGCCGAAGCCGCCCGGUAUGGCUGUGCAAGAUCUGCAGCGAGCAGAAGGAGGUGUGGAAGAGGUCUGGAGCCUGGUUCUUCAAAGGCCUACCCAAGCAACUAGUGCCAUCACCCAUGCCCAUAUCAAAGCCGAAGGAGUCCGGCUCCCAGAAUUCACCGGGGAACUUAAGGAUCCAGGGUGGCGUCCCGGCGGAGAGUCGCGCCUCCAUUGCUGAGCAGCCAAGUGAAGCUGCUGGACCCCGUAGCCAGGGAGUACGCCCCUCUGUGGCGCCCAAGCCCACCGAAGUGCACGCCAUGUCCGGUGGAGGUUCUUCCUGUCCAGAGGAGGCCAAUGAGGUUCAGCCGAGCUCUGUGGUGAAGAGGUCUGACCCAGUCCAGAGCUCCAGGCCCCCUCCGGUGGCAGCUGCCCCUGUGACCCACCAAGCGCCCUCGUCUGAGGUCGACAGCAACUACUUCACCCCGGCUCAGCGGGAGGAGAGAGCGCCUCCUGCAGUCCUGGAGGAGAGGAAACAGCCAAUCUCCUACAACCCUCAACCUGCUCGACAUCAGCCGCUGCCUCCGGAUAAGGAAGAAGAGGAGAACAACAGCUAUGACUCAGAUGAAGCCACCACGCUGGGCUCCUUGGAGUUCAGUCUGAUCUACGAACAGCAGAAUAACAGCCUGCAGUGCUGCAUCAUAAAAGCCAAGGGACUCAAGCCGAUGGACUCCAACGGCCUCGCUGACCCUUAUGUCAAGCUGCACCUGUUACCUGGUGCUAGCAAGUCCAACAAGCUUCGCACCAAGACCCUGAGAAACACGCGCAACCCCGUGUGGAAUGAGACGCUGGUGUACCACGGCCUCACCGACGACGACAUGCAGCGUAAGACACUCAGAUUGUCUGUCUGUGACGAAGACAAGUUUGGACAUAAUGAGUUUAUUGGGGAGACACGGGUCCCCCUGAAGAAGCUGAAAUUCAACCAGAAGAAGAACUUCAACGUUUGCCUGGAGAGAGUGAUCCCAAUGAAACGGACAGGGACUGCAGGCUCAAUGCGUGGCAUGGCACUCUAUGAGGAAGAGGUGAAGGAGACUGGCGAGGCAGAGGAACGAGGCCGCAUCCUUAUCUCGCUCAUGUAUAGCUCCCAGCAAAGCCGGCUCAUCGUGGGCGUGAUCCGAUGUGUUCACUUGGCUGCCAUGGAUGCCAAUGGCUACUCAGAUCCCUUUGUUAAAAUCUGUCUGAAGCCAGAUAUGGGCAAGAAGGCAAAGCACAAGACCCAGAUCAAAAAAAGGACUCUGAAUCCAGAGUUCAAUGAGGAGUUUGGCUAUGACAUUAAGCACAGCGAUCUUGCCAAAAAGUCACUGGACAUCUCCGUAUGGGAUUAUGACAUUGGGAAAUCCAACGACUACAUUGGUGGAUGUCAGCUUGGCAUCACAGCCAAGGGAGAACGCCUGAAGCAUUGGUACGAGUGCCUGAAGAACAAGGACCAGAAGAUCGAACGCUGGCAUGCCUUACUGAACGAGAACCACGUUUCCAGUGACUAGGAAUGCUGCCGACCCUGACCGCAGCUCUGCCUCCCUACCACACGACCUCAUAUCUUCUUUGCAUGUACAUCCUCAGGGUGCACACUCGAUAUUUUUGUCUUCCGGUCACGCUGGGGGUCAGCUUUCCAUCUGUUCGGCCACAUCUCUGCCCGUUACGUUCGAUCAUCGCUUACGUGCCAUCCUCCCACUGGAUUUAAACGCCCUGCACAGCCUCUCCCCCGCAACGAAUGCACAUGGACCGACGCUAGUUUCACCCUCCCGAACAAUAACGCGUAGUUAUUCGCAGUGGGAAAUAUUACCGCAGAGACCGUUCACCUUGUCCCCUGGUUCUGUGAAUCCCUUUGUGCUGUAAGUCCUUUUUGGGACAAAAAGAGGCACCCAGGAGACAGCGGAACAAGGGUUUUCCCUGCCAGUGACAAGGAGCUCCUCUGUUCCUCCAGUUUCUAGUUGGGUGUCUCUAGUUAGUGAACGUUCACCGAGUAGACGGAGACCAAAAGUCUAUUUUUCUCAUUGUGAAUGUCAGGAGCAUCUGUAUAACUUUUGGCGUUAUGAUGUACCAGUUAUCGACUACUGUGUCUCUAUGAAACAACAUGCUGUCGUGCACUUGAAAAUUGCUCUCGGAAAAACACGAUUAUCAGUUAUGUUAGUUUGUAAUAAGAAAGUCUGUCGGAAUUGAUGUUUUGAUACGUGAAGAGGUUUUGCUUGUCGUUCCUGUUGACAAUAUCGAUAUUAUCACGUAGUUAAAAAGUCUCUAGCAAGAUGUCAACGCAAACAUAAAUUAAAGCGGAUUGAAAAAAAAUGUGCUGCUUUCUGAUAGUGGGCAAAAUAUUCAGGUGUAUUGUUAAAUGGCGUUACAAAUGUGGCUUUUGUGAAAUGAACAGGAGCAUCUGACUAUAGCCUUUAAUGUCACUCGCAGCUAAUUGUGCAGCAUAUUCUGUCUUGCAACAAGUCACAGUUACAAAGUGAAUCACCGUUCUGCAGUUCCUUGCUCGUCGUACAUCUCGCUAAUAAGAAUGCGAAGUAAUAUAAACAAAAAGCUUUGAAAAUUCAAAGAAAACUGCGAAAAGGUUUUGGGAUUUAUUCGAGGGCUCUGUGCCAUGUAGCUCUCUUAGAAGGAAAUUAUUUUUUAGCAGCAUGUACAGGAAUGAGGGUUAAAUAUCUGACGCAGCGCUCUUAGUGUUCAUUGCUCUUUACUCCCGGAUUUACGAGUCAAACGAUAGCGGUGAAACUCGAAGGGUACGCAAAACACUUGGGAAUCUGAACCUUGUUAUGGCUACAACUGUUACAAAGCACACGCGCUCAAAAGUUAUUUAUUAAUACAUUUUGCAUUGACCUUGAUCAUCGUUCAACGGAAAUCUGUCCGAUGCGUUGCAGAAUUUAUUCAUAUUCAAAGUAGCAGUGUAUUCUCGGUAUUUUUCGUAGAAAUAUUGGUUUGUUUUCCCUUGGGGACAUAGCAGUUUGUGUUUUAGACACCGUUGGUAGUUUGCAUCUAUAUUCUGAGAUUAGAAUGUGUGUCAGCCUGCUGUCUCGGUCAUCUGUCCGGCACCAAUCGGCGGCUGUGCAUCAGAGUUGGAAAUCGUCCCUUUUAAGUUCCCGUCUUUACCCCGCCAGACCCCCGAUGGCCACCGCGCUUCCCUCCCCUGCAUGUUGCACGAUGACAUGCGAACGGACAGCUGUCCGUCACUGGGACUCGGCCUUUCACCUUCCCCUCCGACCGAUCGCGGACGCUCGGCCGUGCGCCUGACGGCGAUGGCUGCAAAGUCGACGAAAGCACAGCCUACAGCGCGACGGCCUGAACCCUGAAAUUGAUGCACCUUGUGAGAUGUUGAAACCUAAUGCAUGAGGAUCCUCUGCUUUGUGAUGUGUAGGUGGAAUUCUUGACUUUCACCUUCUGCAGUUCAACUCUCCCCUUCUCUCCCACAUACCCUUGAGAAGGAAUAAAUUCCUUAUCUCGUAUUUUCUGUGCAAAUGUUCGGGUUUUUUUCUUCACUUCCUGCUCCCUGCACCCUAGUGAACUUUUUGGUUGAGUGUAAUGUUAUCUGACUCAGAUAGCUUUUUGAUCCAUGGAGGAAAAAAAAAAAAAAAAAAAACUUUUAGUAUUAUUUCUGGGUGCUUCCAGUGUCUUGUGUUUUGUUCCAUUGGAGAACUGCAAGUCCCUUAGUGAAGACAGAAAUUGUGGGAUGUUAGUAAGGUACUUAACAUGAAUGACAUUCUGAUGGUCGUCAUAUGUGCUUGUGUUUUGUGUCCGUGAAACAGAAAAUAGAUUUUAUUUUGAAAUAUGCUCCAUGUAUUAGAAUGGGGUGGGAGGAGUUUAAAUGCCUGUACGUUUGCAACAAAUUUCGCAUGUACAGAUUUUGGUAUCUGGUUGACACAUACUAAUAAAGAAAA